GGCGUGUGUGUCGCUGUGUGUCGCCGACGAGAGAGAGCUCUGCCGUUACCGUUGGGCGCCUGGGCUCCCGUCGUCGUGGGUGGACACGCGUGGACGUGAGGUUGUCGUGGAGCGGCGAUCGAGCACCUCGGCCGGGGCCACUGCCCCAAUUAACGCGAUCUCGCCGGCAACUUCCGGAGGCGCGUCGCCCCUUCCUGGAACGCGUCGCGGGGCUGCUCUACGUGGACAGAUCGAAUUAUCAUUAUUAAAUAAUUGAAUAACACGUAUCCCGGUCUCGCCGUUACACGCCGUGCCGAUCGCCCGAGGAUUCGCUGAAUUUGACUUCCUCUCGUAAAAUCGGAAUAUGAAAUGGCAAGAAUCGUAGCGUGCGUCGUGCUGGUUUGCCUGAGUGCGUGUUGUAACAUAUUAAAUGCGGACGAGAGAAGCGACGGCGGUGUCAGUGAUGCAGUACAGAAGCCGACUUACAAAAGUCCGGCGCCUUCCGGCCCCGCUCACCUAGCGGAGCACUUCGACAGCGAGGAGAUAUUUAGGAAUUCGUGGGUGUUGUCGGAAGCGAAGAAGGACGAGAUCGACGAGGAUAUCGCUAAAUAUGAUGGAAUCUGGUCCAUCGAGGAACCUAAGAAGCAUGGCGAGGACGGGGAUCUAGGAUUAGUGCUUAAGAGCAAAGCCAGACAUGCUGCCGUGUCUACCUUAUUAACUAAGCCAUUUUACUUCGAAGACAAGCCCUUGGUUGUACAGUACGAGGUUAAUUUCCAAGACGGGCAGGAGUGUGGCGGUGCCUAUCUUAAGUUGCUCACGUUAGACGAUAAACAUGGGGACUUGAAACAAUUUCAAGAUAAAACACCAUACACGAUAAUGUUUGGGCCUGAUAAGUGCGGCAAUGAUCACAAGCUCCAUUUUAUAUUUCGACAUAAAAAUCCCUUGAACGGUACAAUCACGGAGAAACACUGUAAGAAAUCGAAGGACCGUCUGGAAGAUUAUUUCAAAGAUAAGAAUCCGCAUUUGUACACUCUGAUCGUACGGCCUGACAAUAUGUACGAGAUCAGAGUAGACAACAAAUUCCACAACGCGGGCUCGUUACUGGACGAUUUUGCUCCGCCUGUGAAUCCGCCUCUGGAGAUAGAGGACCCCGACGACAAACAGCCCGAGGAUUGGGACGACCGAGAGAAGAUUCCCGAUCCGCUGGCAGAGAAGCCCGACGACUGGGACGAGGACGCUCCGGCACAGAUAGUCGACGAGGAAGACGUUAUGCCGGAGGGAUGGCUCGAGGACGAGCCGCCCAUGAUACCGAAUCCGGAUUCGAUCAAGCCCGACGACUGGGACGUCGAGAUGGACGGCGAAUGGGAGGCCCCGGAUGUACCGAAUCCGAAAUGCGCGGACGUUCCUGGUUGCGGGCCGUACAAGCAGAAAAUGAAGAAGAAUCCGCGGUACAAAGGGAAGUGGCUGGCGCCGCUCGUCAACAAUCCUAACUACAAGGGAAAAUGGAAGCCUAGACUUAUACACAAUCCUGAUUUCUUCAACGAUGAACAUCCGUUCCGGAUGUUGCCCAUUAGCGCCGUUGGUUUUGAACUGUGGUCGAUGUCUCCCGACAUAUAUUUCGACAAUAUACUUGUAACGGAUGAUGAGGCAAUUGCGAAGAAAUGGGCGGAUGAUACUUUUGAGAUUCGACGUGUUAAAAUUGCUAAGGAGAACGAUUCUUUGUGGGGUCGAAUGAUGAAGGCGAUGAAUUACAAACCAGGAUGGUGGGCAUUGUAUUUCUUGUAUUGCGCGAUACCAGUUGUAGCUUACAUCUGGUAUCUGUGCAAACGAGCUUGUGAGGAGGAGAAACUAGAUGAUAAAGACGAGGAUGAAAAGCCACUUUCAGGGAUGGUCGAUGAGGAGAGUGAAAAUGAGAUAGAAAGUGAAAAUCAGCAAUCUCUAGAUCCUGAUUACGUUGAAAAAAGACCUAUUAUAGAAGAAAUAGAAGAUACAGAGAAAGAGACUGAAACGGAGGAAGUGAUAGAAAUUGAAAAGGAUACACCAUUGAUCAGUGGCGAAGGACCACGACGAAGAAAACCAAAUAAAGAAUAGGAAGAAGAAUAAUUAUAAAAAAAUUUAAUAAGAAUAUUACUGCGUUAAGAUAUUUAUGUAAUACUGUCACAUUCCACAUUACACUUGCCAUUGUGGAUAGUAGGGUUGCCAGUCACUAGCAAAUUCACUGCAAUGUGAUCGAUAUUUAAUUACUCGUCUAAGAAUAUUGACAUUUGAUAUCGUAUAUGAAGUCUUAUUAGUAUAUUUGAAGAAACUUCUCGGAUUAUACAUAUGCUUUUGUGUAAUGAGUGAUGUAUGGUGUAUCUGUAUUCAGAAAUUUACAAUGGAGUGUUUUUCUUUUCAUUGAACAAUAUGCCUUGAUAAUAUAGUAUUGACGUGGUUUUCUUUUACCCACAAUAUCGUGAAAUAUUGCAGCGUUUUACUCGGUUUGUACAUUCAAUAUUAGAACAGAACAAAUUAGUAAGAGAUAGUAAAGAAAUCAAAGAACUAUGAAUGUAAUAUAUGUGAAUGCAAGGUUAUGUAUAAUUUACAGCCUGAUGUAACUUAAAACAAUUUAAUACAAUUUAACGAUUACUAUACUCUUCAACUACUAUGGCAGAAUCCAAUUUCAUUGCAAUGCGAACAGAAUUCAAGGUAUUGCAAAGUCAACUUGUGUUCGUUUAACUUACGUAUGUGCAUGUGCAAUUUUUCCCAAUAGUUGUAAAAAUACCGAAUAAUAAACUCGAGGUAGCUUUUAAAAUCAUUGACAUAAGACGCAACGGCAUUUAUCAUCUGUACCAUAGUAGUUGACAGUCAAUGAUUUGUUAUUAUUAAUUGAGUGUAAUCUUCACGAACUUUAAUGUGUUAAUGAGUUAUUUAAGUUAGAAAAUAAGUCCGUAUUCGUACACAUACUUUUUAAUCAGGUACUACGUUGUUUGUAUUGAUCAAUUAUACGAAUGGAAUAAAAUUUAAAGAAAUAU